AUGGGGCUGGCUGUCCCUGACUUGCAGGGUGGGGCAGCACUGUCCCCUGCAGAGCAACGGGUCCUAGAGCGGAAGCUGAAGAAGGAACGGAAGAAGGAGGAGAAGCAGCGACUGCGGGAGGCAGGGGCCCAGCCCACCCCACAGAACUCAGCCAAGGCUGCCCCUGCGCCUGCACCCUCAGGGGCUGCACUGGCCCUAGACUACCUCUGUGGCUGGGCCCAGAAACACCAGGACUGGAAGUUCCAGAAGACACGGCAGACCUGGCUCUUGGUCCACAUGUAUGACAACGACAAGGUUCCCGACGAGCUCUUUCCUACUCUGCUGGCCUACCUGGAGGGGCUAAAAGGCCGGGCCCGCGAGCUGACUGUCCAGAAGGCCGAGGCCCGCAUGCAGGCACUGGAUACAGCCGGAGAUGACAGCCCAGAGCCCCACCUGCUAGGCCAGGCCCAGCGUCUCCGCCAGGUACUGCAGUUGCUCUCCUAG